UAAAAAAAAUCUCUUUCAUAGUGGAGAGAUUGGUAACUUUUGCCUCACAGCAGGAAGGUCCUGGGUUCAAAUCCCAACCUGGGGUCUUUCUGCGUGUUUUCCCUGUGCAUGUGUGGGUUCUCCCUGGGUACAUGGCUUUCUUUCACAGUCCAAAAACAUCAGCGUUAGGUUUUAUUACGAAUACUUUUCAAGAAUGUGUUAGAAACUGCGAAAUUCACUACGAAUAUGAUACAAUAGAAAUAGUCAUUGUUUUACAAAGAUGAAAUUCAGGUGUAACAGCAGCUCCGAGAUCAUGUAAAUUCACAUAAAAGUUCCGAAAGUGUUGAAAUUUUGCUUAGCAAAAUAACCAGAACACAGCUACAAGUUUUCAUCUUGUUGGGAUAAAUGCGCGCUGUCUCUUUAAGAGACCCGGAAACAAUCCUUUCCAGUGUUUGUUGCUGGGGAGUUGACGGACAGCUGUGCGGGGACGAUGAUAUCUAACCCGCUGACUCGGGCUGUCCGGAGCAGUGUGCGGUUCUGGAGACACCGAGCUGUGUUUAAAGCUCCUCCAGAGGCCUCAGGCGGCGGCAGCCGGCGCUGGUGCUCCGCUCCGAGUCGAAGUGGGACCUCUGUUAUGGAGGAGAUCCUGGCGAGGGUCGUUGCACCUUUACCUUCAUAUGAAACCAGAGAUAAAUCUCCACCUCCGCCCGAAUCCACCAGCUUGGAGUUCAUGAACUACUACAGAGGUCUGGAAAAGGAAGACAAAGUGGAUUUUCUGUCCAAGCUGUCCCAGGAGUGCGGAGUGGACCAUAAAACGGUGUCCGAGCUCGCUACGAAGCUGCUGGACACUCAGCGACGCGAUCAGGCGACCAUAUUGCAGGCGGAGGACAGGCUCCGGUACAGCCUGACGCCGCGCUACAAGCAGCUGUUCAGCCAUGUGAGCCGGGUCGAAGGCGGGGUGAAGUUCCUGGUGGACCUCCGAGCGGAUCUGCUGGAAAUACUCGCGUCCAAAGCAAGCGAAAACCCACACAUCAGGGACCUGAACGGUACUCUGAAGAGCCUGCUGUCCAAGUGGUUUGCUGUUGGUCUGCUCCGGCUGGAGAGGAUCACCUGGCAGUCGCCCUGUGAGAUCCUGCAGAAGAUCAGCCAGUACGAAGCGGUUCACCCAGUCAGGAACUGGACCGACCUGAAGCGCAGAGUGGGACCGUACCGGCGCUGCUAUGCCUUCACACACGCCGCCAUGCCGGGGGAACCGCUGGUGGUGCUGCAUGUGGCGCUGACUGAGGACAUUUCUGACAACAUCCAGAGUAUUGUUCGGGAAUUUGCAACUCUUGAUGCAGAGGAGGACAUAAACAAGAUCAAUUCAGCCAUUUUCUACUCCAUCUCCUCCACCCAGGCCGGCCUGCAGGGCGUGGAGCUGGGCAACUAUCUCAUCAAGCGCGUGGUCCGGGAGCUGCAGAGCGAGUUCCCCCACAUGGCCCAGUUCUCCAGCCUCUCGCCCAUCCCAGGGUUCUGCUCCUGGCUUCAAAGCCUGCUGAGCCAGUACAGGAAGGAGGGCCGGGGGGCCGACCUCUUAUCGGAGCAGGAGUGGAGCGAGGUGGCGCAGGCCCUGGACUCCAACGCGGGAACCCCGCCCAUCGACUCUCUGCGGAAGCUCAUCGCCACCGGAGAGUGGACGCGCUCCGAGAAGCUGUGCCUGGCCCUGGAGCCCGUCCUGAUGCGCCUCUGCGCCUGGUACCUCUACGGAGAGAAGCGCCGAGGCUUCGCGCUCAACCCAGUGGCCAACUUCCACCUGCAGAACGGCGCCACCAUGUGGCGGAUCAACUGGCGCGCUGACACCAGCCCCAGGGGCGUGGCCAACUCCUGCGGCAUCAUGGUGAACUACCGCUACUUCCUGAACGAGACGACCAACAACAGCGUCCUGUACCUUCAAAAUAAGGCGGUGGCGGCUUCGGAGCAGGUUCUGGGCCUCGUGUCGCAGUUUCAGAAGAACAGCAAGCUGUGACUGCGUUGCAUACAGCAGAGUGUCGGGGCGUUGCAGACGGAGAGGAGAGAGCUUCCACCAAAAAACUGGGAAAGGCCAAACAUUUUGUAUUAAAAAAUCAAAAAUUUUGAGAUUAAUCUUAGAAAUUUCUGAGUUACAAAACUUUACAAAUUUAAACUUUUGAAACUCAGAAAUUUUAACAUUUUCUCUAGAAACUUUCUGAGUUUUUCAUAUCGAAUUUUCAUUUUUUCAAACUCAUAAGAUUCUUUGGAAGAAAUGUGCUCCUCUUGUUUCCUGUGUUACGCAGUUGUAGUUAAACUUUAACAGUUUGUUUUCAUGUGAAACAGACCGAUGUGUUGUUUUGUCAGUGUUUGAGGCCCCCGGGGCCCCCGGUGAUGGGCUCCUGACGUCAGGAACAGAAACUGGGCCGUUUCCUCCAUGAUGUAACUCGGCCCAUCUGCUGCGCGCCUCAUUAGAUUUCUAGCCAAAGCUGUUUGAUUGUGUAAGUGAUUCUCAGAACAGACUGCAGCUAAUGAAGCAGAAGGCAUCCAUCAAUACCAAAGCAUGUUGGUAGGUAAUAGCAUGUAAUGGGGGGUUCUGGAAUAAAUGAUGUUUAUUCUUUCAUCAGGAUGAGCUGCUGCAACGUAAACAGAACAAAACAAGAUAAAUAGAUCUUUUUCUUUCUUCAGCUUCACCUGCAGUUGCUCUUCUCGCCUUCAAAGCCCAUUAAAGAAGCAUGAACUGGAAAUAUUUUCAUAAACUAAAAAAAUAAACAUAUUUUUCUGUUUGUUAAACUAUCGUGCUGACCUAAUGUAUUGAAUUUUUUUUCUGUAAUGAUUUUUCCCUCCACACUCGGAGACAUAAUCAUUCUCCAGAGAUCGUCAUUGAUGUCCUAAGGACUCGGUGCCAAGCAGGUCUCCUAUCAGCCGCCGCCCCGUUGUUGUGGAAUAAUACAUCACAGCAAGUUGACUGUGAAAUUACAUUUUAUCUCACAGGAGUCAAACUUUCUUUUUAUUUUUUCAAACGCAUCUCUUUUCUUAGCUCUGCGCUGCUGCGUGUCCCAGAAACUAAUGGAGUGAGAAAUAAAGUUAAACUAAAUGGUCAGAUUGA